CGUCCCUGAUCUAACUACGCCCGAUCAGCGCUGGCCCGAUAGCCUGCGCAUAAAUGCGCUGGUUUCGGUGUCGUCGAUCGCAGUGGAACCGUACUGAAAAAGAAGAUCGCCGCCAGCAUCCUGUUCCCUAAACCCCACAACAUCUGCCCAAGCCACAAGCUUCUCGGCGGACGUUCCGAAGAUGCAUCGCGUGCUCAACAGUCUGCCAGCGAAGGCGUCGCGCUGCCUCGGCGCGUGUCUGCUUGCCGCGAGCAGACGCCAAUCUUUUGUCGCGUGCCGAUGGGGCGGCAGCAGCACUGCGGCGGAACCGACGGAACCCCGGCUGCUUACGUCCUCCUUCCCGGGGCCCAAAUCAGAGGCCCUGAAGAGCGAGCUCAACGCCAUCCAGAAUACGGGCGCCGUGCAGAUGUUCGUGGACUACGAGAAGUCGAUAGGAAAUUACUUGUACGACGUGGACGGCAACGCCUUCCUGGACAUCUACACGCAAAUCUCGUCGCUGCCACUCGGCUACAACCACCCGGCCCUCGUGGCGGCCGUCAAGAACCCCGCCAACGUUGCCACCUUCGUGAACCGCCCGGCGAUGGGGAUCCUGCCUCCGAGCGACUUGGUGUCCCGUCUCAAGAAUGCGCUGCUGUCCGUCGCGCCUUCGGGUCUUGCCGAGGUGCAGACGAUGGCCUGCGGGUCCUGCUCCAACGAGAACGCCUACAAGGCCGUGUUCAUCAACUACAUCGCCAGAGAGCGCGACGGCAGGGCGCCCACCGAGGAAGAGCUGCACUCCUGCAGAUUCAACAAAGUCCCAGGGAGCCCCAGGCUUUCUCUGCUGUCCUUCGACGGCGCCUUCCACGGCCGCACCUUCGGGGCCCUGAGCACGACGCAUUCCAAGGCCAUCCAUAAACUGGACGUGCCGUCCUUCGACUGGCCCAUCGCUUACUUCCCGCAGUACAGGUACCCCCUAGAAGACUUUGAGUCGGACAACCGUAAAGAGGACGACAAGAGCCUGGCCCACGUCGAAGAACUCUUCCACGUGUACCGCAAGAAGGGCCUUCCCGUGGCCGGUCUGGUGGUCGAGCCAAUCCAGGCCGAAGGUGGGGACCGCCACGCCUCGGACGACUUCUUCCGCCGUCUGCUCAAGCUCGCCAAACAGAGCGACGUCCUUUUCAUCUGCGACGAAGUCCAGACCGGCUGUGGUCCCACCGGUCGGUUCUGGGCUCACCAGCACUGGGGUGCGGAGGAUUCCCCCGACUUCGUCACUUUCAGCAAGAAGAUGCUGACCGGCGGCUACUUCUACAAGGGCCACGUCCGUCCCAAGGAGUCCUACCGCAUCUUCAACACCUGGGUUGGUGACCCGACCAAGCUGCUGCUCGUCCAAGAGGUCCUCAAGGUUGUGAACAGUGAGGAGCUCCUCAGGAAUGUCGUAGAAACAGGGGACUACAUGAUGAAGGGGCUGAAGGAGAUUGGGAAGCGCCAUCCAAACUCCUUUUUUAACGUCAGGGGUCGCGGAACCUUCUGUGCAGUGGACCUACCGACGGAAGCAGACCGUAACAAGUUUGUGCUGGCCAUGCACCUCAAGGGAGUUCACUGCGGAGGCUGCGGAAAUAACAGCUUCAGGAUCAGGCCAGCACUGACGUUCCAGAAGAAGCACGCAGACAUCAUGCUGGACCGCGUCGAGAGAGUUCUUUCCGAUAUGUUCUGAGCAAGCAUGCUGCAUUUUCGUCUUUUCAGAGUAUGCCCCAAGGGCCGUUGUUGAUGGGAUAUGUUCCAACGCAUUUGAGCCUGGGAGGACGCGACAAAACUCCAACCACUGUUUCCACCUCUCUUUCCGACCACAUCUCGAAUUGGUCUAAAUGUUUCUCGCCUAUCGACCUGCCUUUUUGGCAUCUUGUUGUUGAUGUUGACCAGUUGGUGUUGUCAUUUGUUCAUUGUUAAUUGACAGCACAGAGGAACAAGUGACUGAGGAGGUCUUGAAAGUUGCGAGAAGAGCGUCAGCUUGCAGGUCUUAUUACCCUCUUGGCAUUUUACAAGCCGCGAGGUUUACAUGUGGUAAUGCAAGCAUGCUAUUUUUAACCAGGCCAGCUUUUUUUCCCCCAGUUUAUAGGUCCUUGCUAUUACUGCUUCGAGGCUUAUACCGCCAAAAUAUUUUGAGAGCUAUGCUUUAGACGAGUAUUUUUCCUGCACCAGUUAGGGUUUUUACAGUAAACAAGGCAGGCAUUUGUAAGCAUGCCGAGGGGAAUGGACAGCCAAGUGUAAUGAGGAAUGAAGAAAUGACUGUGUACCUUUCUGCCGAGUAUUACCACUCUCCUGACAUACUUGUUUUUAACAACAGUGUACCACCUUUCUUGUUGUCACAUUCCUUAAAAGUGCCUGCCUAUGUAACAAGCAUGUACGGAAGUUUAAGAAGGUCCACUUGGUUCAAGUAGCAUUGCUAGUUUACACAACUGCCCAGCCAGGUCUUCGUGCAAUGCUUAUCUGCAGCAGAAGGUAGCAGAGCUCAACAGUUGCCUUUCAACCAAGCUGUUGAGUCUGCCAGACCGUUGAGCCCCACUUGCGGUGAUAUCAUCUGCGUGGCAUACAUUUGAAAUUGUUCCUCUAUGUUGGGUAGCUUACGCAAACAGAUGUUCAUAUUAGCACUUGUGUUUUAAUUUAACAUCUCGUUUUUAUGUAUACAUUUAACAAAUGUGCAGUAUAUAUUAUUUGUUUGUAACCUUGUUACUUAUCCCGGUGGUUACAUUGUUAUUGCUCAGGGGUGUCAAAUGGAUAAAGAGCACAAAACGAACAGAAAGAAAACAGACAUGUACAAGUACAUGUCUGUUUUCGUCCGUCUGUUCGUUUUGCGCUUUUUUACUGUUCCAUCUGUUCCAACACGCUCGUCACAAUCCUCAUCUGUCUUAUGUCAUUCUGAAAACUAGUGCGACUGAUUUUGUCCAGAACUGGAUCGAGCGCAUUUUAAUAUUUUAAGGAAUAAAGGUUCAAUAUCUGUCCA